AUGAGUACAGUGAAGGCGAUCGCCGGUCCGGUGGUCAGGCUUUUUGUGAAUCCGCCGCCACCGCCGCUGCUGCCCCCGAUCAUCGAACCCACCGUUGUGUACAGCACGCUUCCGCCGGCCCAGACGAGCGGUCCCACCACGAAGAGAGGCCCGACGACGUCGACUUCGGACCCGCUCACCGGCACCUACUUUGCCGUCUUCUUCGGAAUGGUUCUGAUUGUGGCUGUGUGCGGGGCGGCCAUCUCGUGGUUCUUCUUCUGUCGAAAGAAGAACAAUCCGGCGGAGAGCGUGGGAGCCGCCGGAGGGGAUCCGCAAGUUGACGUUGUGGACGGGACCACAGGAGCCACGUCGACGAUGGGAACCACCGGGACCACGGUCGGUGCUUCCACGAUGACGGCGACAAAGCACAAAAAGAAAAAGAAGAAGCGGGCGAAGAAGACGACCGCCUCGACCACCAGUUGA